AUGGUACAGCAAAUCCAGGAGAACAGUGUAGAGUUUGAGGCCUGUCUGGUGGCGCAGUGUGACGCCCUGAUCGAUGCCCUAAACAGGAGGAAGGUCCAGCUUCUCGCCCGGGUGAACAAGGAGCACGAACACAAACUGAAGGUUGUUCGAGAUCAGAUUUCUCACUGCACGGUGAAACUGCGACAGACGACCGGACUGAUGGAAUAUUGUCUGGAGGUCAUUAAAGAGAACGACCCCAGCGGUUUUCUUCAGAUAUCCGAUGCCCUGAUUCGGAGAGUGCACCUGACAGAAGACCAGUGGGGAAAGGGGACCCUUACACCACGAAUGACAACCGAUUUUGAUUUGAACCUGGACAACGGACCUCUCUUACAGUCCAUCCACCAACUGGACUUUGUACAGAUGAAAGCUUUAGUACCGGCACCCCCCAUGCUCCAGCUGGAAGAAUGCUGCACCCACAAUAACAGUGCCACUUUGUCCUGGAAGCAGCCACCCAUGUCCAUGGUCCAGGCAGAGGGAUACAUACUGGAACUGGAUGAUGGCAAUGGUGGACAGUUCAGGGAGGUCUUUGUUGGAAAGGAGACAAUGUGUACAGUGGAUGGCCUUCACUUUAACAGCACUUACAAUGCCCGAGUCAAGGCCUUCAACAAAGCCGGUGUCAGUCAGUAUAGCAAGACCCUGGUGCUGCAGACCUCUGAAGUGGCUUGGUUUGCGUUUGACCCUGGUUCCGCCCACUCUGACAUCAUCUUCUCUAAUGACAACCUAACCGUCACAUGUAACAGCUAUGAUGACAGGGUGGUCUUGGGCAAGACAGGCUUCUCCAAGGGAGUCCACUAUUGGGAACUCACCAUUGACCGGUAUGACAAUCACCCAGACCCAGCCUUUGGCGUGGCCCGUAUAGAGGUGAUGAAGGAUGUCAUGCUGGGAAAGGACGACAAAGCGUGGGCUAUGUACGUGGAUAAUAACCGAAGCUGGUUCAUGCACAGCAACUCCCAUACAAACAGGACUGAAGGGGGUAUCACAAAAGGUGCCACGGUUGGGGUCCUCCUAGACUUCACCAGGAGGACCUUGACUUUCUCCAUCAAUGAAGAGCAGCAGGGUCCUGUGGCAUUUGAGAGCAUGGAGGGAUUGCUCUUUCCUGCUGUCAGUCUUAAUAGGAAUGUGCAGGUAUGA